CAACGGAAAGCAGAAGUUGUUUUUAAUAAAAAUGGCAGUCAAGCUCGGAGUUAUUAUUCCUAUUAAUAAAAGGAAAAAGAUUAAAUUACCUGAAAGAAUGCUUAAUAUUUGUAAAGAAAAAAAUAUUGAAGUCAGUGUUCUUGAUGUUAAUGAUGAUAAUUUUUUUGAAACUGGUCCGUUUGAUGUUUUACUACAUAAAAUAGAGGACUUUUAUAAUGAAUGUUCUCCAGAGGAAGCAUUACAGCGUACUACAAAAGUUAGAGAGUAUGCUGCUAGGUAUCCUGAUAUGAUUGUUCUGGAUGAUUUUGAUGUUUCAAUGAAAAUGACAGAUAGAAAUUUUAUGACAAAUGUUAUACAACAAGCAUGCAUGACGAUUGACGGUAUAACAGUAUUUGUUCCAAAAAUAAUAGAAAUUCCUGAAAAUUCAACUUUAGAGGAAUGUAAACAACUGGUUUCAAGUAAUUUUAUGAAGUUUCCAGUUUUAGCAAAACCACUUUCUGCAAGUUUGGACCAAGGAUCACAUAAUAUGGUUCUGAUUUUCUCAAUGGAUCAUCUUAAUAAUCUUCCAAAGCCGUGUUUAUUGCAAGAGUUUUGUAAUCACUCUGGUAUCAUUUAUAAAAUAUUUGUUAUAGGUGAUCACAUUAGUUUUUGUGAAAGGCCAUCGAUAAAAGAUAUUCAUCAAUCUGAUCAGAAAAAUGAUACUCUUUAUUUUGAUACAAGAGAUGUAUCAAAAACUGGAAAAGCUUUUAUACCUGAUCUUCAUGAAAGUAACCCUAAUGAUAGAGUUUGGCUUUCCUCUGACGAAAAUCCAAACAUGUUAAAUUUCAAUGUUGUUAAUGCAGUUGUUAAAAGAGUUAAAGAGGUUUGUAAUAUUCAUUUAUUUGGGUUGGAUAUCUUGGUUGAAAAAGAAACUGGAAACUAUGCAUUAAUUGACUGCAAUCAGUUUCCAGGAUAUACUGGCAUUAACGAAGAGUAUUUGCCUAAAUAUUUAGCAGAGUUAGUCUUAAAGUUGGCAAAAAAAUAAUUAUAAUAAAUUAUCGCUUUUUAAAUAUAUAUAGCGCAUAAUUUA